AUGUCCAUUAUGCGGAAGAGGGUUUCAGCGCUAUUUUUCCUGUUAAUUUUGACGCUCAUCUAUAACUAUAUCUGGGUUGCUAGAACAGUUUUUCAACGAAUUUCCUUUGUAAGUAAAUCUAUCAAAAUCUAUGACCGUUUUGAUUUCCCUGAUAUUCCAAAUAUUACACUUGUGGAAUCUGUGUUGGGAUUACAAAAUCCUGGAGUCAACGGCAGUGCGUUGGUAGUGGAUGUGGAGAAGUUGCCCAAAGAAGAAGCUGAGAGGUUCCGAAGGAGUAGUAAAGAGAGGGAGUAUUCCAGUUAUACUAGCAGUCUCAUACCUCUCCAGAGAUCUCUGCCUGAUAUCCGUCUUAAAGGAUGUCACACGUUGUACACAGACUUCAACCUCCCUGAAACAGGUGUGAUCAUCAUCUUUCACAACGAGCACUGGUCAGUCCUGUUACGGACUAUCCACAGCAUCAUGGACAACACUCCACCUCAUCUCAUCAAAGAGAUCAUCUUAGUGGACGAUGCAUCUACAGACGAGGUUCUGAAGGAACCGUUGGAAAAGUAUGUCUCCAGAUUCAGGAAAGUGCAGAUACUGCGAGUGGAGUCCAGGGAGGGUUUGAUAAGAGCGCGGAUGAUGGGCUUUGAACAGUCUACUGCUCCUGUAGCAGUGUUCAUGGACGCACAUUGUGAAUGUUUUCCUGGCUGGCUGGAACCACUGGUGACAAGGAUCGCCGAAAAUGAUACUAUAAUCACCACUCCUUUGAUACACGGUGUUAACCCAUGGGACUUCGGAAUUGACCUGACAAAGGAUAUCCAGUUGCAGUGGGUGUCUUUCCCUGAACUACGAUUUGCUUGGAUGAGGGUUCCACAGCGAGAAAAAUUAAGACGAAAACGACCAACAGACACCUACCGUUCUCCUGCAAUGGUAGGAUGCGUAUUUGCUGUCAGUCAACGAUGGUUUCGGAAACUGGGACAGUUUGACCCCGGCUUGGAGGUGUGGGGUGCAGAGAACACAGAACUCUCCCUCAAAACCUGGAUGUGUGGGGGAGGGCUGGAGUUAGUCCCCUGCUCCAAUGUUGGCCAUAUGUUCCAUCCUCAUAAACAUUACGACACCAAUCCGCCUUUCUUCAGUCGAAACAUUGCCAGAAUCGCCAACGUCUGGAUGGACAGCUACAACAUCUUCGCCCGUAACCACGAUGGCACUUUGGCUGAUAUCGGCGACGUCUCUAACAGGGUUAAGCUAAGACAGGAUCUGCACUGCCAUUCGUUUGAAUGGUACCUUGCCAACGUCAGCCCGGAGUCUUACAUUGUUGGAGAUGGGAUUUAUACUGGCGAGAUGCGGAAUGUUGGCUUGAGAACGUUUUGCAUUGAUGACGCUUACGGGAGCAAGAGGUUGGAAUCACCCAUUGCUUUGCUUUCGUGCCACGGAAAGCUUGGGAACCAGCUAUGGGACUACACGGAACUCAGGGAAAUCAAGAACUACAUGUUUUGUUUCCAGGAAGCUACGAGACCUGUUGCCAUAGCAAUAUGUGACGAAGAUCAGAUGAGUCAAAAGUGGCGUUAUGAUCCAUCUGCUGAUGGACACGGUCCAGUUGUGUCCGCCAGUGGCCUCUGUCUAAGUGUGGACACCACCCAAAUGAUUCUUAUCACCGAGACCUGUAACAACACCGACAUCCAGUUGUGGCAGUGGGGAAAGAGGCGGGAGCCGCGAACAUGGAAACUGGAGUGA